AUAAAAAAACGAGAAAAUGGCCCAUGACUAAAACUCGACCCGCAAAACAGAGGGUUGAGAUAGAAAAACAGAUAGAGAUUGUGUUUAUUGAAAGCGCGAGUGGGUCCCAACGAUGAACGCGGAAGAUGCAUCUCCGGCAGCGGCCAUAACGCGGUGGAAGUUCGAGGUAUCACGGCGGUACCGACACAUUCUCGAUAAAUCAACGCCGCACGUGGGGCAGCGUUGGUUGGGUUGCCUCGUGGUUGCAAUGGUUUACGUGCUUCGUGUUUACAUGGUGCAAGGCUUCUACGUUGUCUCCUACGCUCUCGGCAUUUACAUCCUCAACCUUUUGAUCGGAUUCCUUUCGCCUCAGGUUGAUCCGGAGAUUCUCGACGCUGAUCAUGGUCCAUCGCUUCCUACCUCCGGUUCGGAUGAGUUUCGUCCAUUCGUUCGUCGUUUACCUGAGUUUAAGUUCUGGUACUCAAUCACAAAGGCAUUUUGCAUUUCGUUUGUGAUGACUUUCUUCAGUGCGUUUGAUGUCCCCGUGUUCUGGCCAAUACUCCUCUUCUACUGGGUGGUUCUAUUCACGCUUACUAUGAGGAGGCAGAUUGCUCACAUGAUCAAGUACAAAUAUGUACCAUUCUCAUUUGGAAAACAGCGCUAUGAUGGGAAGAGAGCAUCGGCAGAAAGCACUAGACUUUCGGAGGACUGAUUUUUUCAAUUUAACUGAAGCUUCAUUUGUUUCAUUUAAGUCACAGACCUGCAUGUAGCUUGAUAUCAUUUACAAGUAAAAUUUGGCAGCUGGAGCAACAUGAAGAUGUGAUGGCAUCUGAGAGAGGUUACUUUGUGGUCUAGUAGGGACAACUGGACAUUGAAUUCCAUGUUGAAAAAUUGUUAGACUUUAGACUACCUGGAUGUUUUUCAAACUCUAGUAAAUGAUUUAGCUUUAGGGGUGUGAGAUAUUGUGGUUUAUAUAUUGGUUCUUUAUCUUAA